AUGGCUGGUACACGAAGAACUCGCGGUAGGCCUCCUGCCGAUGAUGAGCCUCUUGCUAUGCUUCCACCGCCGAAAAGGAAGUCUAGGGCUCGUGUUGGGGAAAAGCGUCGUGUGGUUGAUCUCAUGUCGGAUGAUGAGGCGUCCCCGACCAAACAAGAGGACCUUGACGUAAAUGAAGAAGACUUGGAGAAUCUACAGAUCGCCAGCUCUUCUAGAGUGAAAGCAGAUCCGGGAGCUGUAAAGGUUGAGGCCGAUGAAGGCAGUAAAGCGACCGUUGAUGCCGAUGAUCAUUUAGAUUCGAAAACUCUCCAAAAUGAUGUUGGUGACUCUAUGCAUGACGUAAAUAACGGAGGAGAGAGCGCAGCGGAAGUGCCUGUUCCCAAAAGGACAAUCGCCAAGAGAGCCACGAUCCAAAGUACUGUCCUAAAUGAUAUUAUCGAUGACGAUAGUGAUUGGGAAGAGGAGUUUCUCAUGACGAACCCUAACAGUAUCUAUGCUAUCAACCUACGUCAAAUUUUCAACUCUGCUGCCUGGGAUAAAAUAUCUGAUGAAGAUAAAGAUUACCUCAUGAAGCAUCUACCUGAGUGCGAUAAAGUAUACGAGGCUUCUGAAGAUGUCACUGACCCCACUCCACCAAAAGCCCAACUUGUCGAUGGCUUCUGGAAUAAUAGUCAACUCAUUUCUCGAAUUAAUCAAGUCGAAUACGAUAUUUCUGAGGCGAAGUACACUGUGAAAACACAAAAGAUCGUCGAGGAAGCACGUAAAUUGGCCCAGUCCGCGGAGUUUGACGCAUUUAAGGAAAACAAGUUUGAGGCCUUUUGGGGACAAAAACAGCGCGUCGACUACAACGCUGUUGCAGGCGAUACAACAAAUGUAAAGCUCGAAACGCUCGCUAAACACUCUGCUUUGCGAGUUGGUGAUGUUUUUAGCUUGCGUCGGUCGUUUCAGACUGCCACUGAAGGUACAAGCAAAAAGAGCAAAAAGACUGCUUCGAUUUUAGUUGAGAAAGACGCAAGGCUUAUAGCAAUCGACCCUGAAGAUUUCUCCCUCACAUUCUCCUAUCCACCUGGAAGACUACAGGUUUCUGUUGAUGGGAAGCCCGAUAAAAUUGUAUCUGGCGUUCUCUCAAUAACUGCGCUCGAAACCCUUCUAUGUAGAGAAGAUGGCCGCCCCCCGGCUAAGCUCCCGAAUGGAAACGCCUUCAAGACAUUCCGCAUCAAGCGCAACGAGCAGGAUAUCGGCUCAUUGUUUGAUGUCCGGAUGGAGUUCCAUUCCAAGUAUCUUAGUCCCUAG